UCCAUAAAACUAUUUUCCUUCAGAUAAGGGAGGUAGGUCUACGCUGCUGCACGAGAGGAUCAAAAUGGAGAGGAAACUCCUUGUAGUCUUUCCCAAGGUCGCCUGGAUUCUACUUCUCUACUUGGGUUCGUGCAAAGUUAAAUACGUCUCUUGCUUCGAUGAAACACGAGAAGCUGAACCAGAGUGUACUAUAACGGCUGAAUGCAAUGACGUUGGUGGCAUGUGCACCUUUGACCACGAUGAAGUUCAGUGCGAUUUCACAAAUUCCGUCAUCUGUCAAGAUUUCGGAUGCAGUUGUUGUAUCAAUUGCACGAACCAAGCCAACGCAAGAUGCAGAAGGAAGUACGCGGGGUCUUGCAAAAAGGCUUGUGACGAGACUGAGUUGGAGAUCUCUGACUGCGAAGCCGGUUGCAAGUGUUGCGGCUGCAAGAUCACGAAGGCAUGCAUCAGCAAAGGGGGAUAUUGCAAAGUGGGAAAGAGAGGUUGCAAUGGCAGGGUGACGAAAAAGUGUUUCGGGAGGAAUUGCUACUGUUGCAUCCCAGAUGAUCCUUGUCCGGAGACCUUGGCGUGUGAAGAAAAUGGCGGUCAUUGUGCUGUAAACUGUUCAGCCGGAGAGGUCGGCCGCCCUGGGAUGUGCGACUCAGACGCGUGUCUCUGCUGCGUGCAAGAGCCGCCCUGCCGCCAGACGACGGACUGCCACGACGCCGCCGGCAACUGCUCCAAAGGCUGCGCCGCGGGUCUGGUUGCCCUCGAUGACCGCUGUCAGGACGGCUGCGCCUGCUGUGUCGAGGAUCCGUGUGAGAAUACGAUCAGCUGUGCUUCCAUGAACGGUCACUGCAACUCGUCAUGCGCAGAUGAUGAGAUUCCUCUGCCUGACCUCUGUCAUGCAGAAGACUGUUCCUGUUGUGUCAAAGAGGAGUGCACGCAAAGUAAAUGCUGCAGCUUUUCUGGAGGGAGAUGCGACCAGGCUUGCAAUGAUGGAGAAGUUACAGAAGAAGAUCUCUGUGCUGGAGGCUGUGUUUGUUGCUUCCAAGACACGUGCCCGGACAGCCCCAAGUGCCAGGCGCUGGACGGGCGCUGCGUGGAGAGCUGUGAAGCCGACGAGCUGGCCGUCCCGUGGCUCUGCGGAGGCGAAAACUGCACCUGCUGCGUCAAGAACAACUGCAACCAGACCAAGUGCUGCGAAGCCUUCGGCGGAAGCUGCGGCAAAGUGUGCUACGAAGGCGAGGCGUCCAUCGAGGACGUGUGCGAAGGAACGUGCCAAUGCUGCGUCAAGGCCCCAUGUGAGCAGAGCACCUGCUGCACCGUGCUGGGCGGCAGCUGCAACGCCACGUGCGGCCGAGGCGAGAGAGCCGUCGAGGGCGUCUGCAACGGAGAGCACUGCCUCUGCUGCGUGCCAGCUUGUGGCACCACGAGGCACUGUUUGGCCCGGAAAGGAUACUGCGACGCCACCUGCAGAACCGGCGAAAUCGGGCUGGCCGGGGAGUGCUUCCGUGAACACUGUUUAUGCUGCACAGAUGAGCCGUGCAUUCAGACCAGCCAGUGCCGUGCUGAGGGCGGAGCGUGUCAGCCCAACUGCCGUCGAUCAGACCAAGUGUCACGCUCAGACCUCUGCUAUUAUGCAGAUUGCACAUGUUGCAUUGGAGACCCUUGCCCCGAGACCUCCGCCUGCGCAGAUGUGGGGGGCUACUGCAACGACUCGUGUGGGAGGCUUGAGAUCGGUCUUGCGGGCCGCUGCCUCGGAGAAUCUUGCCUCUGCUGCGUCGAAAGAGGGUCCACAGCCGCACCUGGGACCACGUCUACUCCAGCCACUUAUGCAAAGACCACGUCUACUCCAGCCACUUAUGCAAAGACCACGUCUACUCCAGCUACCUCUUCUACGAGCACGAUUACUACAGUAAUCUCAGAUUCUUGCAAUGAGACGGAGAAUUGUACGUCUAGAGGAGGUUACUGCAGCAGCACUUGCAAUACUGGCGAAGUUAGUCUUAAAAAUUACUGCGGCUUCGACUCCUGCUUCUGUUGUGUCGAAGCCAGAAAUGCAUGUCCCCCAACGGACGCAUGUACAAGAGAAGGCGGGUUUUGCAGUACAGUCUGUCUGGAUAGCACAUCGAUAAGAGGCCUCUGUGGUUACGGGGAGUGUCUUUGCUGUGUUAAACUCCUAGCUAGAGACGCUCCGUGAUCUACAACAGCGCUGUCAACAAAUCAGCAAGACUAGAGAUUUUUGCCUCAGCAAUUGUAUUUUUUUCCGAUAUUUGAUUUGCAGGAAAAAUAUACUAUCUGGCUUUGC